AUGACUGCGAGACAUUGCGGGGUGGUGACGAUACCCAAGGUCUUUUCUCAGUCUUGUUCAGUGACAAUUUAUAAACCUGUCAUUUCUCAAGUAUGAAGAAUUAGAGGUAGGAGGGGUACUGGGUGGGAUAUUGGUGAUAGUUUCACCACAUAGUUGAAGCGACUAGGACAUCAUACGACCUUCUCCUCCCUCUUUUACGUCGUCGAGACAACCAAGCUGCAUUUACUUUUACAUCCAAGUUUACUCUCCGCCAGCGCGCCCUUCUAGCUCGUCAUAAUCAAGAAGUUGCUCAAUAUAUCCAACCAACCAGCUAACCUGGCACAUCAACACCACCAGCAACAAGCUAACCCCAUCCCCACAGUUCCCCUACGCCCUCACCGUCCUCCCCAAGGUCCUAGAAACAGAAUGGGACUCCCCAACCCUCGCCCCCUACAUCUCCGCCUUCCCGGUCGAACACCAAGCCACCCCCGCCGCUCUCCUCUCCCACGUCCACCAUCUCAUGUCCCAAGAUCUCAAAAUCGCCUACCUGAAAUCUCUUCAAGGGUACCUCUGGACCCAAGGCUACCUCUCCGGCUCCCUCCUCUGCACACUCUUCCCUGACGUCACGCCCGCUCUGCGAAAAUGGCAUGCCGCAGGCCUAACCCUCAUCAUCUACUCCUCGGGCUCUGUCGCCGCGCAGAAACUCCUCUUCCAGUAUACCACGGAUGGGGAUUUACGACCGUUGAUUGAGGGGUAUUUUGAUACUGUGAAUGCGGGGUUGAAGCAGGAGAGGGGGAGUUAUGAGAGGAUUGUGGGGACGAGGAGGGAGGGGGUGGAGAAGUGGUUGUUUCUUAGUGAUAAUGUUGGGGAGGUGAGCGCUGCGAGGGAGGCGGGAUUGCAGAGUUUUGUUGUUGUUAGGGAGGGGAAUGGUGUUCUUGGUGAGGAGGAGAGGGAGGGGCAGGUUUUGGUUGGGAGUUUUGAGGAGAUUGAGAUUGGGGGGGUGUGA